GGCAGUGGUUUAGCAUAAAAAAUUCCUUCCAAAUACUUGAAUACAAAGAAAACAAAAUUUCUCAUCCUCCUCUCCUGCAUAUUCCUUCCUACUCCUGCCAUUUUUUGUACUAGUUGAAUUUGUGGAAAAGAAAUAAACAAAAUCUGGUGUUGAUCGAAUGGAGAACAUGAUGGGUCUGCUGAGAAUUCACGUCCAAAGAGGAGUGAACCUUGCUGUUCGAGACAUGAAAAGCAGUGAUCCUUAUGUUGUUGUUAAAAUGGGCAAGCAGAAACUGAAAACUCGUGUGGUGAAGCGGAAUGUGAAUCCAGAAUGGGAUGAAAGAUUGACACUUUCCGUUACAGAACCAAGUCUUCCGAUCACGCUUUCUGUGUACGAUAAAGACACAUUUAGUUUUGAUGACAAAAUGGGGGACGCAGAGUUUGAUAUUGCACUAUUUAUCCAAGUCUUGAGGAUGCGAUUGGAAGGCCUCCCAGAUGGAACCGUAAUUACAAAAGUACAACCAAGCAGGGAAAACUGCCUUGCUGAAGAGAGCUGCAUCAUCUGGUCCAACGGCAAACUCGUCCAAAACAUGAUCCUCAGACUCAGAAAUGUGGAGUGUGGGGAGAUUGAACUCCAGUUGCAGUGGAUUGAUGUUCCUAGUUCUAGGGGUCUGUAGAUUGUAGAUUGCAAUUGCUCUCUCUCUCUCCCCAUGUAUACAAUUGGAUUUGGUGUCCUGGCUACUUCAAUCCUUUUGUUCAUAAAGACGUGAAAAAUAGAGUGAUCCAUUUUUAUGAGUUUUAUCCUCCCAGGUACUGGUAUCAAUCAUUUGGGAUGCGAGAGUUAUUUGCACCAAUCAUACAAUAUUUACUUAUGUAAACAAAUAAUUGUGUCAAGUUAUUGAUUCAACCAUUA